AUUGCUCCUGCUGCUGCUGUGUGUGAGCCAGUGAGGGCUGGAAAAGAGGUCACCGAUUCGCUCUGCGCGCUGCGACGGUUCUGUGUCCUCAAGGUGGUGUCCUCGUCUGGCCUUCUUCGUGCGCUACUGCUGGGAUUGAUUGGGUCGAGGGCUCUAGGCACAGAUCAUGGAAUGAAGUCGGCGCGUAGCCGACGCGUCUCACCGAUUCGGGAAGAAAACAACAAACGCGUCACCUGUUGGCCAAUCAGAAGAAUUAAAUCACAUGAUUGUGCCUCCGAUUGGCUGUCGUGCCCCAUCCGAUGA